GUUUGUGUACCUAUAUUAUUGAUAUUUGAGGGUGUUCUGGUAAUAUUUGUGAAGUUUUAGCUUUUACUAACUAUAAAAGUAAAGCAAAAAUGGACGUCGAUACAGAUGGGAGGAAGUCCAGAUCACGCAGCAGAUCUGCCGAAUCAGAUUCUAAGAUGUCACAUGAUGGAUCAGUGAAGUCUAAAUCUGGUUCUCGCUCACGUUCGAGGUCCAAAUCAUCAUUGAGGUCUAGGAGUGGCUCUCGCGCGUCCUCACGUUCACGAAGCAACACACCCGCGUCACAUCGCUCCAGGAGUGGCUCUGCCAAGUCUGCUAAAUCGGGGAGUCCUAGAAAGUCGAGAAGUGGCUCACCGGCUUCCAGAAAUACAUCCCGUUCAAGGAUUAGGUCGCCAACUUCCAAAAAAACGAAAUCGAGAAGCGGUUCACCAAAAUCUCGAAGUGCUUCCCCUGCUAGAUCACGUUCAAACAGCAUUCUGAACUCUAAGAGCCGCAGCCGCUCUAAAUCGAGGAGUCCCAAGUUACACGCCAAAAGCCGGUCGCCUAGUGCAGGCUCGAAAGCGUCGCCGGCCAGAUCCAGUGUCUCGCCCAGAAAAUCUAGAAGCAAGUCUCGUGAAUGCUCCAGAAGUAAAUCUGUAGAAAAGAUGGACAUUGACAAUGGUGGUAAAGCACCCCAGUCUCCUGCCGAAAAUAGAGCGAGUCGUUCCCGCUCCAGGUCUGGCUCGCGCAGGUCCAAGUCGCGGUCACGUUCCGGCUCAAGAAAGUCGCGAUCUAAAUCUCGCUCGCGUUCCAAGUCCCGUUCACGGUCCAAGUCCCGUUCACGUUCCAAGUCCCGUUCACGGUCCAAGUCGCUUUCACGUUCCAAGUCCCGUUCACGCUCCAAGUCUCACUCAAGAUCGAAAUCACGAUCCCGUUCAAAAUCAGGUUCGCGCUCUAAAUCGAGAUCUCGAUCAAAGUCUCGCUCCCGAUCCCGUUCAAAGUCUGGCUCCCGCUCCAAGUCUAGGUCUAAAUCCCGUUCGAGGUCCAGGUCCAAAUCUCGUUCACGAUCCAAGUCGAAGUCUGUGUCGCGCUCGAGGUCUAGAUCCCGCUCCAAAUCAAGAUCUCGAUCAGCAUCGAAAUCCAGAUCCAGAUCAAAGUCUAGAUCACGCUCUGGUUCAGCUAAAUCUGCUUCUAGAUCUCGCUCACGAUCCCGCUCCGGUUCGCGUUCCGGCUCAGGCUCACCAGCUCGAAAAGAGGGCAAGGCGCGGCGCACAGUGCGGCUGCAGUCUGACGACGAGGACGGCGCUGAUGCGGGUGGCGAGAGGGCGGGAGCGGCGAGGGAAGGGGACGGGGACGGGGAGGGGGAGGGGGCCGCGGGGGGAGAGGCGGCCGCUGCGGGGGCUGCGGGGGGAGACGCGCCCGCACAGGACUCGUCCGACGAUGAGCUUGAUCCAGAUAUGAAGAGGUUUCCCUCGCAGCCCCCACCUCACAACAUGGAGGUGGCGGCCCUCGUGCCGGCCCCACGGACCGGAUUACGAGUUGGCAGACGGCCGUCGGAGGACAGCCGUCGCCCCACGCCCUGCAAGGACUCACCGCACGUCACCAAAGCGACGCGUCGGGAUCCCGCCAAACUAUGCUGUAUGAUAGUUAUAAUGCUGCUGCAGUCACGUCCGGUUAAGCCAAGCCGCUAUGCUGACCACCCGUCCAACCAGUCGUACGCCUACCAAUCGCAAAUGCCAGCCACAUGGAGGGAAUGUGUCUAUUUAAGUCGUAGCCAACUUUAA